AUGAGGGUGGAGGAGAUCUGGAGGCCUGGCACGAUCGGGCAGGAGCCCGGGGAGGUCGGCCCCCCAGCCGGCGGGACCUUCCAGGCGGGCACGGUGCCCCCUCCCCCCGGCAGGAGCAGCCCGGGUCCCGAGAGGGCGACAAAGAAGGCGGGUGGGGUCUGCACCUUCUGCAAACACAACGGCGAGUCGCGGAAGGUGUACGCCUCGCACGCUCUUAAAUCGGAGAGCGGCAGGGUGCUUUGCCCGAUCCUGCGCAACUACGUCUGCCCCCUGUGCCAGGCCACAGGCGAUUCCGCCCACACCUUGAAAUACUGUGGCUUCAACCCAGAGAAGCAAUCCCUUUACCGCAGCCAUGGGCGGAACUCCAUCGGCAAGAGAUCAAAGCGUUGA